AGCUUGUUGCCUGCCUCUCACCUGUGUUCAGACACAACUCUGACCUCGCUGUGGUUAGUUAGGCCUGACUCCGGCGGAGCCUCCUGGGAGUCUCUUUUUGCCCAAGAUCGCCAGCCAGACCUGCCCGCCAUGUCGGCUGCGCCCAGCCUCCUGCACCAGGAGCUGUCCUGCCCGCUGUGUUUGCAGCUUUUCGACGCGCCCGUGACCGCAGAGUGCGGCCACAGCUUCUGCCGCGCCUGCCUUAGCCGUGCGGCGGGAGAGCCGGCGGCGGACGGCACGGCGCCCUGCCCGUGCUGCCAGGCACCCACGCGGCCGCAGGCGCUCAGCACCAACCUGCAGCUGGCGCGCCUGGUGGAGGGGCUGGCACGGGUGCCGCAGGGCCACUGCGAGGAGCACCUAGACCCGCUCAGCAUCUAUUGCGAGCAGGACCGCGCGCUCGUGUGCGGCGUGUGUGCGUCGCUGGGUUCGCACCGCGGCCACCGCCUGCUGCCUGCAGCUGAAGCCCAUACACGCCUCAAGGCACAGCUCCCACAACAGAAGCUGCAGCUGCAGGAGGCAUGUAUGCGCAAGGAGAAGAGCGUGGCUGUGCUGGAACAUCAGCUGACGGAGGUGGAGGAGACAGUGCGCCAGUUCCAGGGGGCUGUGAGGGAGCAGCUGGGCAAGAUGCGGGAGUUCCUGGCUGCUCUGGAGGGCUCCUUGGACUGUGAAGCAGAGCGUGUGCAGAGUGAGGCAGGGGUUGCCUUGCGGCGGGAGCUGGGGAGCCUGAACUCUUACCUGGAGCAGUUGCGGCAGAUGGAGAAGGUGCUGGAUGAGGUGGCGGACAAGCCUCAGACUGAGUUCCUCAUGAAAUACUGCCUGGUGACCAGCAGGCUGCAGAAGAUCCUGGCAGAGUCACCACCACCUGCCCGCCUGGACAUCCAGCUGCCUGUCAUCUCGGAUGACUUCAAAUUCCAGGUGUGGAGGAAGAUGUUCCGUGCUCUGAUGCCAGUGGUGAAGGAGCUGACCUUUGAUCCGAGCACGGCUCACCCAAGCCUGGUGCUGUCUCCCUCUGGCCGCCGCGUGGAGUGUUCUGAGCAGAAGGCACCGCCAGCCGGGGAGGACCCUCGCCAGUUCGACAAGGCUGUGGCGGUGGUGGCACACCAGCUGCUCUCUGAGGGUGAACACUACUGGGAGGUCGAGGUGGGCGACAAACCACGCUGGGCACUGGGCGUGAUCACUGCCCAGGCCAGCCGCCGUGGCCGGCUGCACACUGUGCCCUCGCAGGGCUUUUGGCUGCUCGGGCUGCGUGAAGGCAAGAUCCUGGAGGCGCACGUGGAAGCCAAGGAUCCGCGUGUACUGCGCACCCCAGAGAGGCGGCCGGUGUGCAUCGGGGUCUACUUAAGCUUCAGCGACGGUGUCCUCUCCUUCUAUGAUGCCAGCGACAGGGAUGCACUUGAGCUGCUCUUUGCUUUCCACGAGCGCCUGCCUGGGCCUGUGUACCCCUUCUUCGAUGUGUGCUGGCACGACAAGGGCAAGAAUGCUCAGCCACUGCUGCUUGUGGGGCCUGAGGGUGAGGAGGCCUGAGCUUCCUGCCCCUGCAGGGUUGAGGAGGGGUGCAGGGUUGGGGUGGGGGGAAGAGAGAGCUGGGGACUCCCAAGAGUUUUGAACAGUUGCGGGUUGGCAUGAAUAGGGGGCUGCCAGUGAGGGGAUGGGGUGGUGGUGGGGAAGGGAGAUCUAAACCCAGGUCGAUGAGGGAAUCCCAGUUUGGGAACUAGGAGGCCCAGGUUUUCCAGGAAGAAACUGAGGUUGAGGGAAGGAGGGAGAGGGGUCAGAAGCCUGGGGAGGGUGAGGGGAGGAGCUGGAGAGCUCUGUAGAGUGAAGACCGUCUGUGGCGUCAUACUCCCCUCUCUGAGGACCUGCAGCAGCCGGGCAGGCUCAUCAAACGAAAGGAGAAUUGAGUGGUUCUCCGACUGGAGUGGGCACCGAAACCACCUUUCAAAGCACAUAGCAGUGACUUAUUAAAGCACAGAUGGCUGAGUUUCUGAUUCAGUAAGUCUUGGGCAGGCUCAAAAUUUGCCUUUCUAACAGUUCACAGGCGUUGCUGAUGCUUCAGGUUGCCCCUGGAGAAUCACUUACUGAGGCACCCAGCUGUUCAUUCAGCUGCCCAGUGUGCAGUCAGUUAUCAGAGAGCUGUCAGCUCUCAGGUAUGGAAAAUCCAAAAUACACUCCUCCGUUCCACAGUCAUUUAAAAACUGCCAGAGUCCAUGAUAGGUGACCCCCAACAUAUUUCCCUUUCCCUUUGGAAUAUGUUUACUGAGUGCCUUGGACAUUGAGGAGGUCUCCCAAGUUGCCAACUAAGAGAAGGGCCUGAUGCUAACCUCACGCAAGGCCCCGAUGCUUGUGGAGAAUAGAAGGCUCCCCACCCCAUCUCCUUGAGUUGGCCCCUAAGCUUAUUUGCUGGUUCACACCUUCCUUGGUUUUAGUUCAGAGACCCAGUUUCUGGUCUUUGGAGCAACCACUGAAGCUGAGGGGCCUUUGAGGAUUCAGCAGGGGGGCCUGGAGGCUGCUGCUUUUCCUUGCGGAAGUGAAGAUGAUGGCCUGGGGCCAUUUGCUCUCCAGGCUGGGAUGCUACUGUUGAUAUGUGACAGGCAACUGGUGCCAGAGUGGGAAUUUUCUUGGGCAGUGGAACGGAGAGGGCAAAAGGAAGGUUGUGGGCAGGGUAAGAAAGGCCUCAAGGUCUGGCUUGUGGGGCGCUCCUGGCUGUGUCCCUUAGAGGAAGGCCUGUUGGGCCCCGGCUCUGGGACACAGAAGAGGGGAUUAAUUUGAGAACCUCUUUCAUGUUAGAAAAUAAAACAAUAAAGUAAAAGGGUUAUUACUUUGCUGUAAAAUCCAGCAACAUUAAUAAAAACUAUUGCA